CCGAAUCUGACAUCACCAUUUAGCAGUGCAUGCAGCUAGCAAGUGGUUUGUUCUUAGGGUAACGGAGAAGGAAACCUGCCCCCCAUCUGAUAAGACACAGUGCAUAGGGGACGUGUGCUAUUUCUUAGGGACACAGCUGAUUUCCAGAUAUGGCCAUGUAUUUGUGGCUCAAACUUCUGGCCUUUGGCUUUGCCUUUCUGGACACAGAAGUGUUUGUCACAGGGCAAGUUACUACACCGAGUAAUGAUGAAAAAUUUGGGAACAUUACUGUGCAUUACCGCUAUAACAGUAAUAAUCAGUUUUUUGAGGCAGAGCUAAAAGCUGACAAAACCCACAAAAACUCAUGUGAAAUUGUGGACUGUAAAGAACUUAAAAAUCUACAAGAAUGCUCAAAAAGAAUAGUCAAUGUGUCUGAUAGCUCAUGUACUCCAGCUAAAAUUAUAACAUUGGAUGUACCACCAGGGCGUGAGAGGUUUAUCCUGCAUAACUGCACAAAGCCAGUAGACGCUAAUACCACAAUUUGUUUGGAGUGGGAUGCAGAGGAAUUUGACUGUGACAGAGGAAAACUUUCAUACAGAUUUGACUGUGAUAAUGGUAUUUCAAAGCACUCUUCACAAAUUGAGCUUAGAGGUCUUACACCCCAAAGAACUUACAAUUGUGCUACAGAAAUCCUCUAUAAUAACGCAGUAGUUUUCCAAGAAAAUAUAUCUGUGGAGACGGAUUUGGGGACUCCAGAGGAGCCCCUAAAUGUUUCAUGUAAGGAUGCAAAGGAGAACAAAACAUUAGUUAUCUGGACUCGCCCUAAAUCUUUACUCCAUGGUUAUUAUUUAUGUUCCAAUAAGACCAAUUCAGAAAAAUGUAAAAGAGUGGAGGAGAAUGAAAGCCAGUUUGAGGUGAACGCCCUGAAACCUUACACAUACUAUCGUGUGUCACUUCACGCCUAUGUUGAUGGGCGAGUGCAACGUAAUGGGACUGCUGAGCAAUGCUUCUUUCAGACAAAAGCGGCUCCGCCAAGCAAGGUCAAAAACCUGAGAGCCAUCCGGAAACAAGAAAAUGUUAUAAGUGUCACAUGUGAGCCUCCUAGUGAAAUUAAUGGCCCUGAAAAAUCUUACAUUUUGGAAGUCAAAAGUGGAGAUUCUUUAUUUAAGAUUUUCGAGCGCCACACAUGCAAAUUUGAAGUAGAUAAUCUCUACUAUUCAACUGACUAUACGUUUCUGGUCUCCUUUCACAAUGGAAAGUAUCAGGGAGAGGCAGUUGCUCAAAAUCAAUCAACAUCUUAUAAUGCUAAAGCACUGAUUAUCUUCUUGGUGUUUCUGAUUAUUGUGACAUCAAUAGCCCUGCUUGUUGUUCUGUAUAAAAUCUAUGAUCUGCGCAAGAAAAGGUCCAGCAAUUUAGAUGAACAACAGGAACUUGUUGAAAGGGAUGAUGAAAAGCAACUGAUGGAUGUGGAGCCAAUUCACGCUGACAUUUUGUUGGAAACAUAUAAAAGAAAGAUUGCUGAUGAGGGUAGACUUUUUCUGGCUGAAUUUCAGAGCAUUCCACGGGUAUUCAGCAAGUUCUCUAUCAAAGAUGCCCGAAAGCCCCACAACCAGAAUAAAAACCGUUACGUUGACAUCCUUCCCUAUGAUUAUAACCGUGUUGAACUCUCUGAAAUAAAUGGAGAUGCAGGGUCCACCUACAUAAAUGCCAGCUACAUUGAUGGCUUCAAGGAACCAAGGAAAUACAUUGCUGCACAAGGACCCCGGGAUGAAACGGUCGAUGACUUCUGGAGGAUGAUCUGGGAACAAAAAGCCACAGUUAUUGUCAUGGUCACACGAUGUGAAGAAGGAAACAGGAACAAGUGUGCAGAAUACUGGCCAUGCAUGGAGGAAGGCACCCGGGCUUACAGAGAUGUUGUUGUGAAGAUCACCGAACACAAAAGAUGUCCCGAUUACAUCAUUCAGAAGCUGAACAUCACACAUAAAAAAGAGAAAGCAACUGGAAGAGACGUGACUCAUAUUCAGUUUACCAGCUGGCCAGACCAUGGGGUUCCUGAAGACCCCCACCUGCUCCUCAAACUUCGAAGGAGGGUUAAUGCUUUCAGUAACUUCUUCAGUGGUCCUAUUGUGGUGCACUGCAGUGCUGGUGUUGGGCGCACAGGCACCUACAUUGGAAUUGAUGCCAUGCUGGAAGGCUUGGAAGCAGAAGGCAAAGUGGAUGUCUAUGGUUAUGUUGUCAAGCUAAGGCGACAGAGGUGUCUGAUGGUACAAGUGGAGGCACAGUAUAUCUUGAUCCAUCAAGCAUUAGUGGAAUACAAUCAGUUUGGGGAAACAGAAGUGAACUUGUCUGAGUUACAUUCAUGUCUACAGAACAUGAAGAAGAGAGAUCCACCCAGUGACCCCUCUCCUCUGGAGGCUGAAUUCCAGAGACUUCCUUCAUACAGGAGCUGGAGGACACAGCACAUUGGAAAUCAAGAGGAAAACAAAAAGAAAAACAGGAAUUCUAAUGUUGUUCCAUAUGACUUUAACAGAGUGCCACUUAAGCAUGAGCUGGAGAUGAGCAAAGAGAGUGAGCCUGACUCAGAGGAGUCUUCUGAUGAUGACAGUGACUCGGAGGAAACCAGCAAAUACAUCAAUGCAUCAUUUGUGAUGAGUUACUGGAAACCCGAAAUGAUGAUUGCCACUCAGGGGCCACUGAAAGAGACUGUUGGUGACUUCUGGCAGAUGAUAUUCCAAAGAAAGGUCAAGGUUAUUGUGAUGUUGACAGAGUUAACAAAUGGAGACCAGGAAGUCUGUGCUCAAUACUGGGGAGAAGAAAAGCAGACACACGGAGACCUGGAAGUGGUGCUGAAAGACACCAACAAGUCCUCAGCCUACGUUCUCCGUACAUUUGAACUGAGACAUUCUAAGAGGAAGGAGCCCAGAACCGUGCACCAGUACCAGUGUACUACGUGGAGCGGGGAAGAGCUUCCUGCAGAACCCAAAGAACUGGUGUCUAUGAUUCAGAACCUCAAACAGAAGCUUCCCAAGAGUUGCCCUGAAGGGAUGAAGUAUCACAAGCAUGCACCGAUCCUAGUCCACUGCAGAGAUGGAUCCCAGCAGACGGGGUUGUUUUGCGCUUUGUUCAAUCUCUUGGAAAGUGCAGAAACAGAAGAAGUGGUUGAUGUUUUUCAAGUGGUAAAAUCUCUACGCAAAGCACGGCCAGGGAUGGUGUGCACCUAUGAGCAGUACCAGUUCCUCUACGAUGUCAUUGCCAGCACCUAUCCUGCCCAGAAUGGACAAGUGAAGAAAACCAACAGCCAAGACAAAAUUGAAUUUCAUAACGAAGUGGACGAAGCUAAGCAGGAUGCUAACUGUGUCCAUCCAGCUGGUGCUCUGAACACAACUCAGGAAGAAAGCAGAGCUGCAGGAGCUUCUGAGCCCACCAGUGGUACUGAGGAGCCAGAACAUUCUGCCAAUGGUCCCGUCAGCCCAGCCCUAACUCAGAGUUCAUAGGAAAGGGCUCAAGAGGGACAGCUCAAAAAAUCUCAAGUUAGUUGUUUCUACUUUUCUAGAACUAGUAAAAGAAGAUGGCUGUGCAGUGGUUCAUGGAGUCUGUUCAACCUUGCCACUGUAGAAAACUAUUUAAAAUUGUCAAAGUGUUUUGUACAGUUUUAUGCUUAUUUUUAAAAUGUAUCUAUCAUUCAGCAAGAAUGUGUGUGUGUGUGAGUGUUUGUGAGUAUGAGUGUGUAUGUUUGUGAGUGAGUGUGUAUGGUGUGUAUGUGUGAGGGAGUAUGUGUGUGAGUGAAUGUCUGGUCUGUGUGCAUGUGUGUGUGUAAGUGACUGUACAUGUGUGUGUGUGUGAGAAAGAGAGAGAAAGAGAGAGAGAGAGAGAGAGAGAGAGAGAGAGAGAGAGAGAGAGAGAGAGAGAGCUAGGUGACAUUAGGGAGAGAGUGCUUUCAAACCAUUCUAAAUGCUAUUGAGAAGCAUUGCUUUUUUUCCCCUGAAGAAACUAUAUAUUUUAUAUAUAAAUCAUUAAUUUGCUUGAAGCAUCUAUUUUUUUUUAAACACAAACUGAGUGUGGACUCAGUUGUAAGAAUAACAAUGUGUGCAUUUCUGAAAUGACCUCAAGAUGUCCUCCUUGUUCUACUGAUCAUCUUGUAGUUUAGGAUGCUAUUUCUGGAGAUAGAUAAAAGUACAUAAGAGUGUUGUGGGUGUGUAUAGCUGCUUCAGAAAGUUAACUAAAUUAACAUUUGAGAAUUCAUGCUCCACAUACUGUCAUUUCAUCAUUAUCUGUUAAUGCAUAUUUAAUCAAACGUAAAAAUCUCAAGAGAGCUUAAUUGUAUACAUCUAGGAAAUAGAACUUUGCAAAUGGGUUGUUGUCUACAUAAUAAAUGAAAAUUACUAAUUGAUGCUCUCGAUCAUAUUUAUACAUGUUAUGACUGAACCUAAGUAACUGUCCUUAAACAAAUACAAUGUAUGUUAAAAACACAUAAAAUAAAAACAGGAGCAUGAACAUUUGUUUGUACUGAUCAUUUACAUAUGAAACCUCAUACAGAUAUCUUAUAUAAUUCAGCAUUCAUGAGAAACAUAAAAUUGAAUAUGCAUUUUUCCUAUGUUAAAGGCCAUCUUUGACUUUCAUUGAAGUGCAUUUAUUUUGAAUUUUGUAAAUGUUUAGCUUACUCUUACCAAAAAAUAAUAUUGAUAACCAUAAUACAAUUUCAACUAUUACUUUUCUUGUU